UCUACUAUCACCUACCUGUCCUUGUCACUCUGAUAGUCAGCCGAGGUAGCCGCUGCUUGCCACCGGUGCUAGUAUGGCAGCACUCAGUGAUCUAUUUUAAAGCAUUUUCCACUUAAAACAUAAGGGGGCUUCAUCUCAACCGCAAGAGGAACCGCUCCCCUGUGCGUCUUUUUGGAGAAUUGAACACAUUCCGCCGACGGACUUUUCCGCUCAUCCUUGUUGUACUGAAGGGGACUUAAUCUGCUUUUGACAGCCAGUUUUGCGAGCUUAUACCGAUGAUCUCUAUGAGGGAUCCAUUAAACAUAGACCAUCACCACCUACCAGGGAAUAAACUUGCCUCCACACACCACACGGCUUUGGCGAUGGCAUCGAGCUUACAGCCGCUGCAGCGGUCUGUGGACUCUAAACACCGGUUAGAGGUGCACACGGUGUCGGACACGUCCAGCCCGGAGUCUGUCGAAAAAGAAAAGAUCCAAAAUAAAAACGACGACUCCUCAGACGACCCCUCUAAAAAGAAGCGGCAGCGGCGGCAGAGGACUCACUUCACCAGCCAGCAGCUGCAGGAACUGGAGGCCACUUUCCAGCGGAAUCGCUAUCCGGACAUGAGCACAAGGGAGGAGAUAGCCGUGUGGACCAACCUCACAGAGGCCCGGGUCAGGGUUUGGUUCAAGAACCGGCGAGCCAAGUGGAGGAAACGGGAAAGAAACCAGCAAGCCGAGCUCUGCAAAAACGGCUUCGGCCCGCAGUUCAAUGGACUCAUGCAGCCCUACGAGGACAUGUACCCCAGCUACACGUACAACAACUGGGCCGCCAAGGGCCUCACGCCGGCCUCCUUAUCCACCAAAAGCUUCCCCUUCUUCAACUCCAUGAAUGUCAACCCCUUAUCCUCGCAGACCAUGUUCUCGCCGCCCAACUCCAUAUCAUCCAUGACUUCCAGCAUGGUGCCAUCGGCGGUCACCGGCGUGCCGGGCUCCAGCCUCAACAGCCUCAACAACUUGAACAACCUCAGUAACCCGUCCCUCAACUCGGCGGUGCCCACGUCGGCGUGCCCCUACGCGCCCCCGACCCCUCCAUACGUGUACAGGGACACUUGCAACUCCAGCCUGGCCAGCCUGAGACUGAAAGCCAAGCAGCACUCGAGUUUUGGAUACGCCAGUGUGCAGAAUCCGGCCACUAAUCUGAGCGCUUGCCAAUACGCCGUGGACAGACCAGUCUAAUACCCAGCUGCACUGCAAAAAAUCACCACCUUAGCAAGUCAUUAGAGGCUAGUAGUGGCGCUUCAAGUGUUGCUUUUCUCUGAGGGGAGUGAGGAAAUCUGGCGGUGAGAUAAUUGUACUUUUUUUCAUGUGUUUCAGGAAAUGUCUUGAUUAUAUGGCAUUUUCUGGCACUGUUGGAGUUGGUUCAUUCUGACAUUUUUUUCCCUCAAGAUAUUGCCACUUGUACCUUGAAAAUGUCCAAACAUGUCAAGAAACACGUGAGAUGAUUCCAUCGCACACUGUU